AGAGGAUGUUGUCGUCAGGGAGACGGGAUCCGACUGUUGCCAAGGGGUGGGGCCGGGAGGUGGUGACGUCACCCUGCGGCUGCUGCUGCCUUUGGUGAGAUGCUGGGAAUUCAGAGAGACAACAGAAGAGGAAGCAGACAGGUUGGAUAUAGUGCUCAACAACAAUCCUGACAAGUCAGAGAUGCUAUAGGAGGAUCCAUGGUCCUCACCCUCCUCAUCUCAGCCUAUAAACUCUGCAGAUUAAUCAGCAUGUUCAGCAGCGAGCGCCUUGUUGUGCCGGGAUACGUCAACAAUAUGUGCUGGUGGCAGACGUCUGGGGGGCCAAGUAGGGUCCAGCCGGUGUCCCCUGGGGUUUCCAUUGAUGUGCAGAUUGCUUUGGAUAGGGUCCUGCCCGAUCUUCAUGUUGCUAUCUCUAAGCUGAAACAAGCCAUGUGUGCAAAGAGUAUCUGUGACACUAUCUCAGAGAUUUUUCAAAUAGUGGAAGAGGCGUGGGUAAUGCCAGCGCUGGGAAGAGAGGUCGCCCAGGGCUUGUGUGAAACAAUCAGACUUGAGGGUGCUUUGGACCUGCUGUUAACUUUUCUUCAAUCAACUGAGAAUGAGGUGAAAUACGAAGCAUGUCAGCUUCUGGAACAGAUCCUGGUGUCAGAAAACAGAGAUCGCAUUGCUCGUGUUGGCCUGGGAGUCAUCCUAAACAUUGCGAAAGAAAGAGAUGAUCCAAAACUAGCACCUACCCUCUCAGGCAUUCUUGAGCACAUGUUCAAACACUCGGAAGAAACCUGCAGACAGCUGAUAUGUGACGGAGGACUGGACUCCAUUCUGUUCUGGUGUCGCUGGACAGACCCAGUGGUUCUGCGACACUGCGCUCUGGCCCUGGCAAACUGCGCAAUGUACGGUGGACCUUCCAACCAGCGUCUGAUGAUUGAAAAGAGAACAGCUGAGUGGUUGUUCCCUUUAGUUUUUUCCAAAGAGGAUGAGCAGAUUCGUUUUAAUGCUUGUCUUGCAAUCACCGUACUAGCAACAAACAAGGAAAUCGAGAAAGAGGUUGAGAGGUCGGGUACGCUGGCAUUAGUUGAACCCUUUAUCUCUACCUUGGACCCUCAAGAAUAUGCCCGCUCACUUCUGGACAACAGUGACAACACACAGGGAAGGACAGCCGGUGACCUACAACGUCUUGUGCCACUGUUGGACAGCUCCAGGUUAGAAGCCCAAUGCAUCGCUGCCUUCUACUUGUGUGUGGAGGCGGCUAUAAAAUCCGAACACAAGAACACAAAGGUGUUCAAUGAAAUUGGAGCCACACAAAGCCUGAGACGAAUUGUGUGUUACUCUGCAGAUUGUACCGUUUCCUCCCUGGCCAAAAAAGCCCUCCAGAUGAUGGGAGAAGAGGUUCCGUCCCGCAUUGCACGUUCUGUGCCUAACUGGAAGCCGCUGGAAGUACAAAACUGGCUGCAGCAGAUUGGAUUUAAUAAAUAUUCCGAUAUAUUUUUGGAGCAUCAGAUUGAUGGUGACCUGCUACUGAGGCUGAUAGAAUCAGAUCUGAAAGAAGAUUUGGGUAUGACUUCCAGCAUCACCCGUAAGAGAUUUAUGCGGGAACUGGUGGAGUUGAAGACAUUUGCUAACUACUCGACGUGUGAUCGCAGUAAUUUAGCUGAUUGGCUCGGCAGCGUAGAGCCACGGUUCAGGCAGUAUACCUAUAAUCUGGUAACUUGCGGCAUUGACCGUAAUUUCCUGCAUCAUGUGACGGAGCAGCAGUUGGAGAAGGAUUGUCAAAUUACAACAGGUUUCCAUCGGGUCCGCAUUCUAUCAGCAGCAAGAGAGAUGCUGCACUCACCCCUGCCAUGCAGUGCAGGCAAAUCAAGUUAUGAUGGCCCUGACGUGUUUAUUAGUUACCGGCGGAGCACAGGAUCACAGCUGGCCAGCCUCCUCAAGGUACAUUUGUAUCUGCACGGUUUUAGUGCAUUUAUUGACGUGGAGAAGCUGGAGGCCGGGAAGUUUGAGGAUAAAUUGAUUCAGAGUGUGAUCAGCGCUAGAAACUUUGUCCUGGUCCUCUCUGCUGGAACUCUGGAUAAGUGUAUGGGGGACAAUGACUGCAAGGAUUGGGUGCACAAGGAAAUUGCUACUGCGUUAAAUUGUGAUAAGAACAUUGUGCCGGUCACAGAUAGGUUCGAAUGGCCAGAUCCAAUGACACUUCCUGAAGACAUGAGAGCAGUGUUGAAGUUCAAUGGCAUCAAGUGGUCCCAUGAGUACCAGGAUGCAACUGUUGAGAAGAUUAUUCGCUUCUUGCAAGGGCGGUCCUCUCGGGACUCUUCAGUUGGCUCCGAGAACAGUCUAGACGGCACUCCUCCUCUAGGGGAAAAAUAGAAAGGUCCACAUGCAGUUUACGAUUUAGGAACGACUCAGUGAGAGCAGUACCUAUAAGAUGUUCCUACACCUCCUUGUGUACCUUGGCCUAUCGGACCUGAACCUUUAACUUUUCCGUGCCCUAAGGGACCCGAACGCUUAAUGUUGCAGCCUGCUUGGUCUUUUCCUUUUACCAUCUUAAACUUUCUCAGGAGAACAGAGAAGCUGUUGCCGAGGGAUGAGAUCCACUCACGACCUCAAUGCAAUAAGAACUCACCUUGGAACACAUAUUUAGCCGUCUGUUAUUUUACACAAAGACAUAGCAAGUUGGAAAGCAGGAUUUAUCUUGGGUAGAACGGCAUCUGCUCACCAGUAGUGGCUGCCCCCAGGUUCUGUCCUGUUCCCACCAUAGUAUUUAAUGACAGCUGCUGAGCAUUUAUCAAAUCAGUUCACGCAAACAUCUCAGGUAUUCCUGUUAUUGGUGUAGUAAGGAGAUGUCAUUUGGGAUCUGGGAGACAGAGAUACAGCACUGCAGUGGUGAAGAUAGGAUCUCAAGCUCUUGAUGUACUCUGCCUUAUCUAUGAGUCACUAUGACUUGUCUGCAUCUUCAUGUCCUUCCGGCAAGUCGCUGCCUUUAUUUAUUUGGGUAAAUUGCAUGUUUCACUGAGUCUUUAAGUGAAAAAAACUCUGAGUUUCCAAUUCAAACAUGACUUUCUGCACAUUUUACCAUUUAUAUACAAACACUUGUCAACAUGCUGGAUGGGAGAUGUAGGCAGUGAGAGUGGUGUGGCACCGUGAUUCGCGUCUUGCUCCUUGCUGCUCAAUAUUGCAAUUGUACCAUUAAGCAAUGAGGAGCAGGGCCACGCGUUUCACUGUAAAUCAUAUCUGGUAGUCCGAUUUGCUCUCAGAUGUCCAGAACUCACAAACAUUCCGAGAUGGUAGGAAAGUAUAAACUAAACGUCUUUCUAUGGGAAUGUCACCUAGUCAUCCUUGCUGACAUUUCCUAGUUUAAAAAAUAAGAAUUUACUUACCGAUAAUUCUAUUUCUCAUAGUCCGUAGUGGAUGCUGGGGACUCCGAAAGGACCAUGGGGAAUAGCGGCUCCGCAGGAGACUGGGCACAAAGUAAAAGCUUUAGGACUAGCUGGUGUGCACUGGCUCCUCCCACUAUGACCCUCCUCCAAGCCUCAGUUAGGAUACUGUGCCCGGACGAGCGUACACAAUAAGGAAGGAUUUUGAAUCCCGGGUAAGACUCAUACCAGCCACACCAAUCACACCGUACAACUUGUGAUCUGAACCCAGUUAACAGCAUGAUAACAGAAGGAGCCUCUGAAAAGAUGGCUCACAACAACAAUAACCCGAUUUUUGUAACAAUAACUAUGUA